AUGUACACAUUUCGCGACUUGGGAGCAACUCCUUCUAAACGACCAUGCUGUUUCCAACGUCAAAUUUCUGAACCUUCCACAUACACAGAAACUCAAGACGUAUCGGUGAUCUUGCGAAACAGUUCUGAUUUUUUUCGAACAGCUCCAGAAAUGUCCAUCAAUCGCACCACUUCUGGUGAUGAAUUUGCCAGGCGUAGUUUGGCUGUUAUGUUCGACAACUCAAUAGCCGAAAAGGAGGCGGACAAGGUUCGUAUUCGUAAAUUGCUACGUCAGGUCUCUAUCGAUGUAUUGGCCUCUGAAUGGUUGAACUUGGAACAACGAACUAUUGAGAAUCGAGCCUAUCUGAUUAACAGUGUUCUACCGCAAGUAAUUUUCGGUUUAGAACACGUUCUACGAGAAGCGAUUGCGAAACAGCUUGUCGGACCGAAGGUUAAGGACAGUGCGAUUCAGUCCGAUGGAGCCGAUCCCAAUUUCAAUCCCAUAAACCGACUGGCGGAAUUCCUUAUGCGUAACAAUCAUAGAUAUAACAAUUUUUGUGAAACUUCUCCGUAUGUCCGGGGAUUAAGAAACACGGUCGCCAAACUAAAAAACGAAAUGUUUAUGCGCUGCGAUAGUCAACUGGCUAAUCUGAAAGCGGCUGUGAUGAGAACAACCGAAGAGAAGACCCGGAAGAAACAGGCAGAUGAGGAAGAAUCUAAACGCCGAGAGUCAUGUGUGAUAAAUUUGUUUGAUCAGUUUUUGGCACCGGGACAACAAACAAUCGAGGCUUCUGCUAUUCAAAGCGCAAUCUACGCAUUUCUGCACUUGUCCGUGAAACUGCCUGAAACAAUGCGACAAUUGUUGAUUCCGAUUUUCGAGAAGAAAAUUGUGGAGGAUCGUCCCAAAGCGUACGAUCGUUCGGAGUUCAUAAUCUACGUCAUGAUGUAUGCCCAACCGUUGAGUAAGGAAAUUUUUGACGUGUUUAUGGAACAUUUGGAACUUUGUGCGUCGGCCUAUCGUGAUACUGUGGCGAAAGAGAAAAGGAAACAUUUAUUGACACAUUUCUUUGUGUCGUGUGAUCUGGACCAAUCAGACACCAUUUCAAGGUACAAACUGCUCACUAUGUGCGACACGUACUUCGAUUCCGCCCCGAGAGAUGUGCGAAUUAUGCUAAGGAACCCGAGAGAUUGGCCUGUUCGGGAGUACCACUUACGUGUCACUCCUCAAAACGCCCAACAACUGGCGGUAGGAGAAAACGAUACUUCACCGACUGAUUUGAAAAAUCCGGAGAUCGAAUUCUCCUUGGAUCAGAACAACUCCGCGACGGUUGUUCUUAAUGAAUUACACACGGAACCUGUCACUGGUUACAAUAUGGCAAAUGAAACCCUGGUGCGUGAUGCAUCGCCCACUUUACCAGUGGAACGUGAUUCUUCAGAUGAAAUGAAUGAAGAUAUGCAACCUCAUUCUCCCUCGGUGACACGUGACGAUACAGACUUGGAACCGNGAACACAUCAGAAAAUGAGAAUGUGGAUGCUAGAGAAAAUCAAUCUCUUAUUAUUGAAGGUUCGUCUUUAUUUCGUUAGAAAAGCUUUUCAUUUGAAACUUCCACUAAUCAUUCCUGUGGUAGCAUUAUACAUUGAAAAGAAAAAAAACCCUUUGGAAAAAUUGAAUGAAGCUACCGUUCCCAGCCGACAUCCAUCUCCACUUAAUGAACGAACUAUAAUUAGCGCACUAAGUGUUCGCUCCAAACCGUUGAGCAAUUCCCCCGACGUGACAUCACUACGGCGAUUCCAUCACGGAUACAAUCCAGAAAGGCUGACUCUGUUGCAAUUCUUGCAACUAAUGAGCCAGUUCGUUCGUGAUACAGCACCGUUGAGUGUGGUUGAAGAUAUAAUUCAAUAUUUUGAACGGGAAUAUCGUAAAACCGGUGAUUCGGAAAGAGAGCAGCGGUUACAAAUGAAGAUACAAUCCACUCAGAAACAACGUUUGGAUAUGGCUGUUCAAGAGCUUUUCACUUUACUCAACACAGAAUCAUCUGGUCUGAUUGAAUUUGGAAAAAUCGAGAAACUGCUCGAACAAUUUCAAAAUGGAUUAUAUAUUGAAGCCUUGCGUGAAGACGAAAGUGUGAAAGAAAAUGAACGGCUUACGAAUAUGCUGAGCAAACUCAAGGAAUUGAUUGACUUUGUCCCUCGGCAUCCGACAAAUAGUUUGGAGCAUCAGUUACGAUUGAAAACGCGACACAUCUGGUUGCACUCGAUUGAUCGCAUAGUAAAGUACUCUACAAUAUCCAUGGAACCUAUCUAUAAAUCCGUAUUCCAGACUAUUUUGAAAGACACAUUCCAGUUUGGUGGACAGAAACAGAUCAGUGUGCAAAUAUCCAUGCUCCAAUCCAUCACGGAUCAAAACCAGACUGUCCUGACUUGUGUGGCUGCGGUGCCGGAAACUGAAGCGAAAAAGAUUGUCGGUCUCCAUUUGUACCCGACAGAUUCAAGUCCCACUUUUCAAUCAAUUAAAACUGGUGAACUAAUACAUUUGCCUCGGGUGACUGUUGAAAAUAUUCAAGAAAUUCGCUUCUUGGACGAAGACACAUUGAACACCGUUCGUGAGAAGACGAAAGAAAACCGCGGUCAAAGUAUCGCCUCAUGUGUAAUCAUACCGAUCGCGAAUGCGCUGACAAAGUUUGUCGGGGUGCUCGAACUGGACACACUGACCACGGACUGUGAACCGGCUGAAUUCGAGACUCAUGAGUUAGAUUUCUACCAGGUAACAAGCAGGCUAUUUUGA